UAAGGAUUUAUAUAUUCUUUGCAGAACAAUGUAGUGACAGAACUUGGAAUAGCUGAACAUCCGUGGCAAAUGAUGGUAAGUGUUCGUCAAGGCACUGGACAUCCGUUUAACAUUCUCUCCGGCAUCCUUGAAGUAACGUGCUCUGAUGGCUGGUUCAACUUCUCUGACCUUGCUUUCUCUCACACAGGGAUUGGUUAUAUACUCGACUUCAACAUCACAUAUCCGACUCAGGCUGAGAACUUUAGACUAGCAACGGAACCAUUUCGCAUUGCUGAACGAAAGUUGAAGAUUAACAUCUAUGAGGCAACAAGUGGUGAUAUUACUACAGAUAGCCAGUUUUACAUAAUGCUCAACCUACUUGACUCUGAAACUUCUGAGACCAUCACUGAUAUCAGCUGGAGGAAUCAUACCUGGACAGCCAGUGUGUCAAUGAUAUCCCCUUCCAAUUACGCUACUUUAGGUGGCACAACCACCAUGUCAUUUGACACAUAUACCGGACGUGUGAUGUUUCCAGACCUUUUGUUUACCGGUUUUGGGUUUUUUUGUCUGCAAUUCAGGGUUGUGUCUGAUCCCCCUGACUACAACAUGACCAUGAAACACAAAAUGAUAAUAAAGCACCCAAAACAUAUUGACAUGAUUGUUGAAGAAACAUACGGAAUGAUGGUGAAGUUCAAUGUAGAUUUUAAUGAAGUGCUACCAGAUGUGGACAAGCAUGAUGCGUUUGAGCAGAUGAUUCUGACAAAUAAUGCAAAUAUGUUGCCAGACGUACUAUUUUCUAACGCAUCUAUAUAUGAAGGCAGUAUUGUGGUGAAUUUUACGAUGUCCGGAUUAUCGUCCGACUUAAAUUCUACGGUCUACAGUCUUUGCGAGAUCAUUUACAAUGAAACGUCAUAUGAAUUCUACAGUUACUCACUUAAACUGUCCCCCUACAUGAUCGUCAAAAAUGAGACAUAUGAAUUUGAAUAUUUCUGUGGCAAAUUCCCUGAUGACAAGGAGGAGGAAGGUGGAAUGGAAUUAGUCGUGAAAGUUACCGUUGUUGUCAUACCGCUCCCUAUCGUGGGUGUGGCCUUAUUCCUUUUCAUCUGGAGAUGUAAGGUCAAACCUAAAACCCAAACUCAUGACGUGCGGUCGGUUACCCUGGGUACCCUUCAUAGUAAUGCUGAACAGUCGGUUACCCUGGGGUACCCUGCAUAGUAAUGCCUGAACAGAAUCUUGA